AUGUCCAAGACUUUUGCCGCCGCCGAGGUCAGCAAGCACAAGGACAAGGAUAAUGGUCUGUGGCUCAUUAUCGAGGGCAACGUCUACGAUGUAACCACCUUUGUCGAUGAGCACCCCGGCGGCGCCCGCGUCAUUCAGCGCAUGGGCGGCAAGGACGCUACCAAGGCGUUUUGGAAGUACCACGGCGAGAGCGUCCUGGCAAAGUACGGCGACCGCUUCAAGAUUGGCUCCGUCACCGAGUCGGCCAAGCUAUAA